AGAGGAUGUCUGGCAGCACGGCGAGGAAGGUCCAGCCCUUCACCAUCAGCACCAAGCUCUCCCUGCCCAAGUGUGCCGCCGACUUCUCCGGGGAUGCUUGCCCCGGCAUCGCUCUCGCCUCCGCGCUGGAUAGCCACCACGGCCUUCGACACAACCUCAAUGAGCGCAUCUCCCUCUACCUGGCCCAGGCCCGGGCCAGCCCCGCUCCCCCCGACAGCCAGCCCCACAGCGCCAGCCCUGCGGAAGAAGAAGUCACCGAUGAGGACCGGCUUAACCGCAACUCUCUUGCCCGCUCCAUUAAGAAGAUCACGCUGUCCAACUGGCAUGGGGAGGCUGUCUCAGGUGGCGCAGGGGGACCCGGGGACCCUGCCUGGACUGGCAGUGAGAGGAACCACAACAACAACAACAGCAGGCCAGGGAAAGCUCAGUUCAAGGUCUUUCUCAGAAAGGAAGUGGAUAUGGAGGAAGAGAAGCAGGAGGCCAGGAGCCCCCAUACUGGUGGUUUCUGCUCGCCGGUGGACCGAGGCUCCCCCUUUUAUGCAACUCCCUGGAGAUACCACCCUGGCAGGCUGCUGGGUACAGCUGGGACCCCCAGCGGGGCAGAUCACAGCCGAGCCCACCAGCUCACAGGAGGCACCGCAGCGGCUCCUCAGAGAGAAAGCCCCAAGAGCAAGGAGCCCACCGCAGCUGCUGCACCGAAAAGCAGUGGGCGAAGCAGCACAGGACCGGCCAACCUUCUCGACCUCAGCCCCUUGAUAGCCCAGUUCAACCGGGAGAUGCUGCAGGCGGAGGGUUGGGUGCGAGGCAAGCUGCGGGACCUGAAAGACGGCUGCGACAUGCAGGACUGGGAGCAGGUGGCUCAGACCCUGCAGAGGGACAUGAAGGAUUUUGAGAACACGAUGAUAAAGCUCAACCAGAUGGGCGAGCAGCUGAUGAGCCGGCCGAGCCCCAGCACUGAGACGGUGCGGCGGCAGCUGCUGGCCCUGCGGGAGCAGUGGCAGCUCCUCCGGCAGACGGCCGCCAGCCAGAGCAAAGCCCUGGGCGGGCUGCGGAGCCUGCAGGACUUCACCAGGAAGGCCGAGCAGCUGGAAGCAUGGAUCAGGCAGAAGGAGGAGAAGCCCUCUCUGGCAGCCCUCCUGCAGGAAAGCCUGGACAAGAUCCAGCUCACCCGCCGCAUCCUCGACUUGAAACAGGAGGAGCAGCAGUUCCAGAGUCUGCAUGAGGAGUUGAACAGCCUGGCCCAGAAGCUGGAGAAACAAGGCAAAAGCGAGAGCAGGAGCAUCUCUGCCCGGCGCAAGCACCUCAACAAAAUGUGGCUGCGGCUCCAGGGGACCCUGAAGGAGCAACAUGAGGCUCUGCAGCUGGCCUUGGAGGUAGCUGCCUUCCUCCAGCAAGCAGAUACCCUUCUCGCGGCCAUCCACACCAAGUGGAGGAGUGUCUGUGGUGUGGGGAAGCAAGGGGAGGCCGAGCCAAGCCGGGAUUGGGACAUCAGGGACAUGGCCAGCCAGGUGAUGAUGCUGGAUGUGACUGUGUCCCAGCUCCUCAGCCUUCAGCCCAGCCUGGCAGCACGAGUCACCCACAAGCACCGAGAUGUGAAGGAGAGCUGGGCCCAGCUCCAGCAGGCGCUGAGGAAUGAGAAGUCUCCAGUGCUGGGUCUAGCGAGCAGCUUCUCAGGGGGUGAAGCUGCUGCUCUGAACCAUGAGUCCCAAGGAGAUGGUAGCAGCCAUGGGGUAGCGGGCAAGGAAGCAGGAGACAAGCAGAAAAGAGGUUCUGGGAGCACAGUGCAAAAGGACAUUGGAAGGAGCGUGGUGGAGCAUGUGAGAGGCGAGGAGAGCAGCCCUGGCUGUCUCACAGCCAGGCAACCCCUUCCCGGAGGUGACAGCAAGAGGAGGAGGAGGAUGCCAGGACGCCCAGAGGCUGAGUGGGGCACCCAGGAGCCGGAGACCCAGGUGCAGGACUUCUGCCAGGCUGCGAAUGCGGCUGUGUCCCGGCUCAAGGAGAACGUGGGUCCCAGUGUCCACUUUAGUCCAGUGGAGGAUGCUGAGAGCCUGGAGGCAGCACAGACACAGCGGGCUGCGCUGCAGCAAGAGAUCCUGGACAACAGCUCCAGCAUUGAGGCUGUGCUCCUGGAAGGGCAGAAGCUGCUGGGCACAGGGGCCAGGGGGAGCCCACAGGUGGAGGCCAUGCUGCGGGAGCUGGGGGAGCUCUGGGAGAACUUGCAGAGGAAGCACCAGGAGAAUGGGGCUGUGCUGAGAGAAAUUGAUAAGGCCCUGAGGAUGGUGGGGGAGCUGGACCAGGCUGAGCGGUGGCUGCAAGCCGUGGCCAAGUCGCUCUCAGAGCCAGCCACCAUGAGAAGCCCCGCAGAGCUGCGCAGGGACCUGGAAGAGACAGGGCAGCUGGAGAGGCAGCUCCUGGCCUGUGGCCUCAGACUCCAGGGUCUGCGAGAGGAGGUGGCAGAUGAACCUGCCACGGAGCAUGAGGCGGCAAGAAAGAUGCGGAGGAAGGUGGAGAUGGUGGAGGAAAAGCUGGCACGCGUGCAGACAGCCCUGCGGCGCCGGGCUGCGGACCUGCGCGACUCCCUGGUGCUCUCCGAGUUCCUGCAGAAUGUGCAAGAGGAGGAGGAGGCACGAAGCCGGCACCAAUCCCCUCCGCCAGGGAACGGGCAUCGUGGCUCGCAGGGGUCUUUGCCCCUGCUCUCGGCCCCAGCCAGACAGCUGCCAAGCAGUGAGGACAUGAGCAGCCCCUUGGGACAGCUGCAGGAGGCCGUGGAGAUGCUGAACGAUGCAGUGAAGGAGCGAGAGCGUGUCGUGGAGGCAGCGGCGGAGAUGGAGAACCUGGAGCGCCUGCUGGCAGAUGUGUGCCCAUGCCUGGAGGCCAUCCGAUGCAGAGCCGAAGCCCUGGCUCGAGACACUGCCCAAGUGGAGAGCGAUUUCGCUGUGGUGAAGAGUGAGAAGGACCUCCAGGGGCUGCAGGGCUUGCUAAGCCGGCAGCAAGAGAUGGAGUCUGCUGUGUCAGAGACCCUGCAGGAGCCACUGGAGGAGCUGGAGAGGGCUGCUGCCCGCUUGGAAAAGCUCUGCCCUGCUCAGAUGUGUACUGUCGGCCCGGAGGUGCAGGGAGCCCUGCAGGCCUGGGAAGGACUGCAGAAGCUUCUGAGGGAGAAUAAGGCCCACGUGCAACAGGCUGGCCGGCUGCGGCAGUUCUUCAAGGAUUAUUUAGCCAUGAUCUCCUGGACGGAGGACACACGGGCUCAGAUCUUCUCAGAAAGCCUGGGCAGCCAUGGCCUUUUGGACACUCACUGUGAGGAACUGGAGAGGAAGAUUGAAGGCAAGUUCAAGGAGUUUGAGGAACUGGCAGCAGCGGGGCACACAUUGGUGUCUGAGGAGCACUAUCUGAGCGAGACGAUAAAGGAGCGCAUGGAGGAGCUGCAGAGCAUGCUAGGCUGGGUGCUGGUACGUUGGCGAGCGCAGAAACACCAGCGGGACCCUGGGAGCAAGCAGGAGGACAGAAAGGACCCUGAAAGUCCCUUGGGUGUGUCCCCCACUGGCCAGGAGCAGCAAGUUCCAUGCGCUCAGCCCUGUGCGGAGAACAUGCUUGGCCUGAAAGGGUUUGCACCCUGCUCCCUGCCCGAAUCUACACAAGGAUUAGAGCUGCAGCCGCAGGUGCUGGAAGAAACGGCCAUCUCACCUCCAGUGUCACCCCUCUCGGAUACCCUGUUGGGACCGGAGCCCAGCAGCUCGGUGCCCCAUGGUGCAGGACCCCCUGAAGAGGACAGUCUCGUCUGGGAUCCCUCCGAGAGCUCCAUGGUGUUGCUGCCGCCACGGGGGGCUGGCAGCCUGGGGGGGGCAGUCAACUUGAUCCUGAGCAUUGGCAAGAAGGGAGAGAAGAAGCAGCCGCAGCUGGCGUUGGGCAGAGAACAGCCUGGGCAGGAGGCUCCACAGACGCUCCCUGCCACUAAACCCUCAAGCUGUAAAACCUUUUGGAAGCGUUGCCAGGGGCUUUUAGGAAACACUUGGGGUAGUUUAAAGCGAAAGAGAAAGCCGUCUCGCCAGUCCGUGGAAGAGGCGAGCACCUCUUUGCGCAUGGAGGAGUGCUACGGAGAAAGGGCUAGGAAAACCUCCGCCAUGCUGCAGCCAGCAAAGCAAGUGCCUGCCACAGCGUGCCGCCCUCCGGCUUCGAGUGCUGGGGCCGCGGCGGCCUCCCACACCCUGCCCAAGGCCGGCCCCAGCUCCAUCUUCAACAGUCUGCAGAGGAAGGAGAAGGUGAAGGCCGAGCAUGCGCGGCUGCUGACGCUGCAGGGCAUCAUGGGCCCCAGCUCCCUGCAGCCCCUGCCCGAGGAGAGGCACGGCCCCAGCAACACGUGGCCUUUGAAGUGCGGCUGGAGGAAGGCGGCGCCAGGGGCGCCCGGCCCCCAGCUCGAGGAGCUGCUGCUCUACGUGAAGAACCCGCUGGUGCGGGACAUCGAUGCCGAGUGCGGGGCUGCCCCCGGGGACCCCAAACCCAGCAUCCCCCACCACAGCGGGGGGCCCGGCGCCACACGGCCCGCCACUGGGCCAAAAGACACCUGCCCCCACCUCUCGCUCGGGUCUGUCCUCAGCCUGGAACUGCCCAAGGACUUGGCCGUACUGGGCUGCCUCCGAGGUGCCGCGGUGGCAGCACGGCAGGAGGAGGCGGAGGGGAAGGAGAAGAGGCAGGGCAGGGGGGCAAAGUGGUGGGAGGCUGCAGGAGGAAGCGGGCCUGGACGGCAGGAGGAGGACGCGGAUGGACACAGUCCCCAGGGGCCAGGCGAAGGCCUGGGGAAGCCCCCCAAAGGCGAGCGAGGAACGUGGUUCGAAGAGGUGAGCUUCAACCCUAGCUACAGCCGGCAGAAAGCACGGGGCUUGGAGGCGGCCCGCAGCGCUGGGGAGGAGCAGAGCGGCAUCGGCGAAGACCUGCUGGACUUCAGGCUGAACCGGCUGUCCUGCAUCAGCGUGCUGCACGAGCAGGUCGGCCAGGAGUGGGACAAGCUGGCUGCCAGGCUGGGCCGGGAUGGCAGCCCCGGCACCGCGGGGGCCGAGAGAGCGGCCGGCUGCAAGGCCAGGCUGUGGGAAGCCACUUGCGUGGAGCUCAAGCCCUCUCCCACCGCCCCGGCAGCCAGGGCGGACGCUGUCGCCGGCGUUGCCCGGCCGGAGCGGCACACCGGCAGCGGGAAGUCCAGCGAGGAAGUCCUGGCAGGACUGUCCAGCGGGGGCCUGGACUCCCCUCCCGUGGCCAGGCGGGGCCCCCGAGCCGCCCCCCAGCUCUCCGUGUUUGCCUGCGAGCUGGGCUGCCAGCAGCGCGGCCCUGAGACCCUGGGCCCAGCGGAGAUCUGCCACCCAGCCCACGGGCUGUUUGAGGAGGAGGAGGAGGAGCUGCAGGCCAUCUGGGACCACGCGGAAGAGCAGACGGUGCCGAGCCCGCCGGCAGAGAGUGGCACCCGACGCCUGCCGGCCAGCGGGACGGGCGGCCUGCAGAGCCCCAACAUCGCCGGUGGGCCCCUGAUCCUCUCGGCAACCAAUAACGUGCUGGUGGCCAAGUUCACCCUUCCCACCUCUGCCCAGCUGCUCCACAGCCCAGCGGGAGAAAAGGGCCCUGACGAUGGGCACAAGGGCAGUGGCAGCCCAAGCAGGCGUGGGGCAGCCCUUUCCCGCACGGAGGUGCCCCACGGCAUGGGGCAGUCCGCAUCCUGGGCAGAUGGCCCCAGCGCACGGGAUCGACAUCAGGAUGAGGAGCGAGAGGGCGGCAAGGCUCCCCCCAGUAAAACAGAGUUUCAGAUGAUGGAGGGGACGCUGGAGAGGAAGCACGUGCUGCAGACAGGAGGCAGAAAGGCGACCUGCCGCACCUGGAGCCUGUUCCACACGGUGCUGAUGAGGCAGACACUGUGCUUCUACCAGGACCGGAGAGACAGCCUUAAGAGCUCCGUGGUGGCCCUUCCCCUGAACCUCUCCGGGGCGGUCUGCACCGCAGACACAGAGUACACCAAAAAGACCAACUGCUUCAGAUUACAGCUACGGGAUGGCUCUGAGUAUCUUCUGAGGGCCCCAUCCCAGCUGCUCAUGAAUGAGUGGGUCUCCAAGCUGCAGCAGAACUCAGAUUUCCCCGAAGUGGAUUACUUCCAGGCAGCAGCACAGAGUGUCGAGGGCACCAGCUCUGCUGGGGGUUUCAGCAAGGUCCCUGGGCCUGGAAGCUCCCACCUCCAGGGUCACUCUCGGGCCAUGACUGCCAAGAGCCAAGAGAUCAUGGUAUUACCCCGCUCAAACACCAGACUGCAGCUGCCUUUCGGGAGCCAGGAUGGCCCAGCGGAUGUAGCAGCAUCCUCAGCAGAGGAUGUUCGUGGAGCUGCCAGCCACACAGCCAGGCACAGGGAGCACCAGUGGUCACCCAGUGGGUCCCCUGGGUCAUGGGACAACAGCUGCCCAGAAGAUGACUACGGGUUGGUGGCCAACAAGAGGAGGUCCUACUCAUUCACCUCAGCCACCUACCAGAAGAUCACGCCCAUAGCAGUGCCCAAGGAGCCCAUGGAGCCCGGGAGCAGCUACUCCGUCACACUGUACAUCGGGGAGCAAGCACCAGCCAUGCCCAGGACGCGCUGCCACUCCUUUGUAGCCAGGCCAGGAAGCCCGCGGGAGGUGCUGGGGGAGAAGACCCAGGGCCCCCCUCGCCCCAAGAACAAAUCUGUCUUCAAGAAGUUCUUUGGGAAGAAGGAGUGAGCCCCAGACGAGGAGGAGAAAAGCGAAAGCCUGCCCCUUUUCCUCCUCUCAGGCCUGCUUCAGGUGCAACCUUAGUACAGUCUCUCCUCCCAGCACCAGCCCUCACCACUCGCCAUCGCCUUGGGGCGCCCAGCACCGCGCAGGGGAGAGAUGCUGCAGCAAGCAGCUCUGCUUCAGCACAGGCCCAGGGGCUGCACCUCACCCCCAGACACCACUGCUGCCUUCCUCAGCCAGGCGCUGAGCCCCUCGUCCGCCCCGCGAGCCCUUUCCCGGCAGGCAGGGGUGUUCUCCUUGCCCUUGCCAAGCUGUUGGUGGCUCUCCCUGCCGCCGGUUCAGCUGGAUCCCCAGGCAUCCCUCCUACACGCAGCACAAGCAGGGUUGAGGGGAUUGUUAUUUUUAUUAAAAAACGAACAAAUGCUUA